CUUCUCUUCUUUUACAUUUCAUUCGCUUCUUAGCUCUUGACGGGCCUUAUUUCGAUAACCACACGUAUCUCUUUUCCUUCUCUAGGCCCGGAUCCGCCUGUUUCUUCUUCUCCUUUUCUUACAAGAUCAUUACUACAUAGUACCUAAUUUUAACUCAUUUCAUUCACUACCUCAUAUACCUAGCCAGGAUGUUGACCGUCCGCUCGUUAUCCUUGCUGCUUGCCCUAGGGGCCCUCUCCCUCGUUGACGCAGCGCCACAGAACAGAGGAAACAGAGGCGGCAGGAACAGAAAUGGCCAAGGAGCGACUAGAGGAGGAGGUCAGAGGCAGAAACAAGCGACCGCUUUUCAGCAGGCACAGCAGAUACCUCAGGGCGUGUCGACAGCGACGGAUGGGAGCACGAUUUUGGACAUGACGGCUAAUGUGAACGGCCUCCCCCUACGCUUCAAGGUCUCCGCUCCCGCCGAGCAAUUCACUACCGACUCGGGCGUCGACGGUGGUACCCAGACUGCCGGUGCAGCCGGCGAUUUAGGAUUGAACGUCUUGCUACACGGCGACGGGGGGCAGUCCUUCUUCGACUUCCCGAACCAAGCGGUGCAGAACGGGCUCGCGGGCGUCGCCCUCCUAGCCCCGGACCCGAAUCUCUUCUGGGGAGGCGGCUCCGGGCUCGACCGUACAGACGGCGUUGCCCACGCCCAGGCGGUCGCGGACCUGGUCGCGGACGUGAUGCCCCAGGUCCUAGCUUUCAAUUCCAGCCGCGUGAGCUUCACGGGCGUCUCCGGGGGCUCGCUGCUGCUGAGCGGGUUCCUGAUGCCGGGCCACAUGUCGCAGUUCGCCGGCGAGGGGAAGGAGUCCCAGGUGCUCCUCAACUGCGGCGGCCUGGAGCCGCAGGUCGACGUCGCGGACGCGGACGCGGCCGCGUUAGCCGCCACGCGCGUGCACUUCCAGAGCACGCAGCAGGAGCUCACGCUGCUCCAACCCGCGAUCCCAGCCGCGAUCCGAGCCUACGAAAAGAUCGCCGCGUCUCAGGGCCUAGACGCAGCAGCCGUCGGCGCCCUGCAGACGGUAGACAACUCGCCGAACGGGGGCCACUGCGAGUUUGACGAGAAGGACUUCGUGAGCGGCGUGCAGCUCAUGGCCGAUUCGUUCUCGGCGGUAGUCCAGGGCGGCGACGGAAACUUGGCGGGAACGAAUGUUAAUGUUCUGAACCCAGUUGUUGGGAAUGAGAAGCUAGCUUUCUCGGGAGCUUCAUAAGAGGAGAGAUGAUAGAUAGGAUGGGAUAGGGGGGAUACGUGUGGGUAUAUAUAUUUUACUAUAGAAUAUGUCUAUCCUCUCUACUAGAUUCAAGAUCUAACUAACAGAAGAAUGCGUAUCGAGAUGAGGUAUAAAUCAUAAUAUUAAAAAUACAUUGUGCCUCCGUUGUUGGACAUAGCGCCAAGUCAAUAACCGUGUUAAACUCUGCUUGAACUCCGCUGGUUUCGUUCAAAAAAAAAGAUCGUAGCAUGUUUCCGCCUCUAGAAA